AUGGGAAAACAACAUAAGAAGCGCUCUCAAGAAAUCCUGGUCGCCAUACAAGAAAAAAAACGCAUAAGUACCGAAAAGCCAUCACCAGACGGUUACUAUUCAGUAGAGGUCAACUUAAAACAUGUGUUUGAGUGCGAUUUGUUGAAGUUAGACUUAGAAAAUAAAUAUUUGUGUAGUUUUCCAGACGAGUUUUUCGUAUUUUGGAAGCAUGUUCAGAUAGCAGUUGGCAAAGGCAAUAAUCCAUGUCAUUUUUUCCAGCACUUAAAAUCUUUACGACUUUGCGGAGUAUUUGAUUAUCUUGCUGGCCAUCUGAAAGAUGCAGAUUCAAAAAAAUGUUUGCUACAUGAUCGAUAUGCUACUGAUUUGCCAGAAAUGCAGACACUGGCUGUAUAUGAUUCAGGUCGAUUUGUUUACUGGAGAGAUGAACCAAACACCAAGAAACCAUUAAUUGUUCAUGUUAAAAAUGAGGAACAUUUUCCGGAAUGUGUUAUUGUUGGAAAUGAAGACCCAUUUUAUAUAGUUGCAUAUAUAAUUGGAAAUAGUUUGCCAGUUCGCUUCCAUAAUCUUUUCUCAAAAUCUUGGAUUGAAAAUUAUGCAUCGUACAUAUCAAAUUUGAGAAAGAUCACUAAAUCACGCAAGAAUAAUACUGUUGGUUCUCCAUUUCAUGGAAUUGGGAUAUUCGUGAAAGUUAAUAACAAUAUACGAUACAGACCAUUAAAUGAGAAAAAAGCUAAAUUGAAAGAAUUGAUAAAAAAUGCAGCCACUGUUAGUGAUGAAACUUUGAACGAGUGGAGAAUAAAAAAAAUAAUGGAUUUUGUUACUCGUGUCCAGUUUGCAAAUGAUGAGAAGGAUUUUGGAAUGGGUCUCGAGCUUGGACAUAAUAUAUUCUGGUCCAAUUAUGCCUAUUUUGAUAAACUGGCUCAAAAGUUAUUGGUUACAGCUUAUGAAUUACUAAAUCGUGAGGUGUUCGCUUAUAUUUUAAAAGUGCAUAUGCCGACUCGUCGAGAUCUGCCUAAUUAUUAG